CUGGCACUAGCUACGAAUGUCUCUCCGUCUACUUCGGUGUAGCUGAGCGAGGAGGAACUCACCCUCGGAGCACGCAAAUUGACAUUGGUGGUAUAUCUACAGUACUAGUAUACUCUUUACCGUUAAAUAUAUCAGUAUUUCCUUAUUCUGACUGAAAUUUAGUAACUGCUGUGGUUUCUUUACCGUUACAUAUUUAACAAUACUACUUUUUUCUCAUCUAUCACGACUACCCUGCUCAGCCAUUAAUAUACUUUUCCUUCGACAGCUCUAUUUCCUAGGUACAACAGGUAGCCGCGUUUCCUUGGUUAGUAGUUCACGAGCCAGGAGCCUACUUUCUAAUAGUCUUAGUCCUCCUCUCAUGUAGGAGGACAUGUAGAGAAAACUUUCUCUACUAGGCUUCUCAUGGUGUACUAGGCUUCUCUGUUCGCUUCUCUUCUCCUUUUUUAUCUCACUGUUCUCGCUGGCACUUAUCUCACGCUUAACACGAUAUUCUCCUUUUUAGAGGUUGGCGGCUGAGUACUACAAAAUGGACAUAUAAGUUGAAGAGGAAUGAUGAUUCUAUAGAAUAUCGAAGAAGCUGCGUAGCUUGAAUGACAGGAGAUGCAGUAGUGCUAGUUGUAGUAGUAGAUUUCUGAUUCUUGUGUACUACUACUACACAAUAGGCAUUGAAGCAUUUAUUUCAGUAGACUCCUGUGAAACGUAAGUAGAAGGAGCGUCAUCAUGUCCUCAACAUCUGCUCCUCACUUGCCGGCGCUCGCUGCUGCAGGACAGCGCCCUCGGGAGCGCGAUUUCGGCGCCGCGCGAGCUCCUCCGGUUCUUGACAAGAUUCCUGCUUCACUCGCUCGCGACGCUAGUAGGCAGAGUAUAGCAACCAAUGUCGUGGAUCAUGAGCAGGACGGCGCUGAGGACCAGCAGAAAAGCGCGCCAGUAGUUGGACGAGGGCCUUCGAGUGACCCAAGAAAACAGGUGGCCGGUAUCGAUUCUUAAGACAAAGUUUGUCUUUCUUUCGACAUAAACAGUCACAGUGAUUCGUAAGCAGCUCCAGAUACAGUUCUUGCACCGCAGCUACACUCACAGUUGUAGUCUUUUUUGAUGUGACAUAAACUGACAGUGACUCUUAAUAAACAGUUACUGUUUCUCUUUCUUUCGACACAUGUAGUUGAAGAGAGCUACAGGUUCUAGUACUACGAAUGCUUCUAGGACGAGCAGCAACAAUAAAUACCAGGGACAUACUUAAAUUUUUUUUGUUUUUAUCUAAGAUGAGCUGCAACACAGAGCCAGUAGAACAGAACUGGCGAAUUUCGAUUUACGUGUAGUGGAACGAAAUACGGAGCUCGUGAAACGACGUCAUUAGGGCUACAGCCGCAGUCUCAGAGAACGCAUCGAUCUUUCCUCCCUUGUGCAAGUGCUCCCUUUUCAAACUUGUUGUAGGAGUCCUUGUUCUCCCCUUUACUUUUCACGUACUAAGAGAAGCAAAGUCAAGGGGCUACGGCCAGUUAGUGUUUAUUUUAGUCGUAGUAGUAUUCCUUCUAGUACGGUUAGUUUGUUACUGCUUUUAGCAGUAUUACUUCUACGCCUAGUUACUAGUGCUGGUAGUGUUUUUAGGAGUAUUCGACAUGAGUACUUACUUGUUCUUGUUGAUGUUUUCACCUUUCGUAGUUCGGACCACUGGAAGUAGGAGUACAAGCAAGUACUAAAGGAUGUAGUAGCAGGAUCCGACUAGGUGAGAUGUUCAAGCGGUAGCUCUAAAGAGAGGAUGAAUUGGAAAGCGCUUGCUUGGCCCAAAUCAAAGAAGCUGAACGCAACGCCGCAGAAAGAGCUGCGCACUUGAAUUAUGUUGAGCUUAGAUAUGUGUAUUAGAUUAAUAGUGUUAAGUUAUAGUUAAGGACCUAAUAAAGAUUAACUAAUCCACUAUCAUCUAGAACAACUGCACUAUGUUGAGCUUCACUGACAUCAACCUCAUCAACUAAAACUCGAUGUCUAGGUAGUAUCUUCCUUCUUGCAUGAUACUUGUACUUAGAUAUAGUUCCAUUUUGAUCAUGAUGAUCCUGGGUGUUUCAUGGUCCUUCAGCAUCGUUCUUCUCUUUUGUUUAAAAACAGUGUAAAGUAAAGGGUCUGGUCUUCUUGUUCGGUUUCCAUUAAUAUUGUUCCAUGCAUUGUUCAUCCGCGCCUCCUGCUAGGCAAAUUUAUUCACUCACUCACCCACUCACUCACUCACUCACUCACUCACGCAAGACCCUACCUGUAAGAAGGCCGCUGAUUCAAUAAGCGCCUCACUUCUAAGAACUACGCCAACUGGACACGUUAGAUGCCUUCCUGAAAGACGAAAUCCAAUCGAAGUUACGAAAUCUGGCUGACGAAUCCGCGAGAAGCAAACGCUUUGUGACGCGCGAAGUGGAGUCCUUGACUGAGGAAUUGCUGGCUUUAAAGCAGGGCUUGCUCACUGCGGAUCCGUGGAAUAACAGAGCAAGGUUCUACUAAGGAAGGUCGUCUUUUGUUCUUAGAAUAGCCGAGCAAGGUCAGGUUCUAUUAAGGAAGGUCAUCUUUUGUUCUAUUACUGUAUGGUUCUGGUAUUUGGUAACCUGAAUUUGAUCCUAAGGGCUCUCUUCUUGUUUUCCCUUAGGAUCAAACUCAGGCUACCAAAUACCAGAGCCAUUCAAUUACGGCAAGGCUCUUUUAAGGAAGGUCAUCGUCUCCUGUUGUUGUAGAGAAAUAAAAUUCGUUUUUGUCUGUCUUUUCUAGGGAUUGGCUGAGGUCCAGCGACGCUAAAAGCACAAAAGUAAAGCAGCCGGCUAGUUUUCCCUCUAUUCUUAGGCUUAUCCUUUCUGGCAAAGCGUUUGUGUCUAAGGUCUACCUGACUAUUGAGGAAGGGCGUGCUAUUUUUCGGACGUCUGUGCAUAGGAUCAAUGACAUCAAAUACGAAGCCGCAGAUGUUGAGAAAACCUCAAAUAAGAACUCAACCACUCACUCGCUAUCAAAACAAUUCGCAGCACCUCAUACUGAGCACAUUCAUUCAUCAUUCAACAUUCACUCACUACGAGAGGACAAAAGUCACGAAUCAUUGAGAGCUCUAAUCCCAUCAACUAGAGGAACGUGUAAAAUCGCUAUUGGCAGGUCGCGGAGCAAUCGAUCCAAUUGAGGGGUCAGGAGCUGCGGAAGGUACUCAAGUGCUCAUCAUGGAUCUACUAGGUGGCGCAAGACGAGGCGUAGCGAGUCUCCUUCCAUGUGAAAUUAGUCUCCUUCACUACGAGAAAUAAUUUUCUUGUUCUCGUCUCAUAAGUAGAAAAAUCCAUGAUCGACGAACUACUUCUACUCAUUCCUUCAGCACCACCUACAACUACUACCACGACAACAGUUGUAGAUAUUCAUUCCUUCUACUACAAAAAUCCACGAUCGACCUACUAGUCAUUCCUUCAUCUCUAUUUCAGUUUUAUCAUCUCCCUCCGGUCGGCGCAGCACAAGACCUGGUAGUGCGAAUAAAGCGUCCAGUGUCGAUAUUGUGAAUAGUAACAUUGUAUGAUGCCACUCAUUGACCGCGAAGAUAUGGGAACGUCGUUCCUAAGUAGGAAGGCAAGCGAGGAACGGCAUUCCCUCAUCGGCGUUCUCAAUGAGUGGAAGCAUUCAGGCAUGGGCAUCCUGGUGAGUCCGCGGCAGCGGAAAGCAGAGAGUCAAAUUAAGGAGUCAAAGUAGAAGAAGGGUCGUGAUGAAAAUACGUAAGUUUUUAACUUGAUGGACGUCCACCUCCUCUAAAUAGUGGUUUCUUCUCCUCUAAAUAGUGGAUCCAGGACUUGAUCGAGGAUGCUGUCAACCGUGUCGAUGAAUCCGCGGAAAGACGUGUACAGGGGAUUGAAACAGAAGCCAGACGUCGAGAACUGGAAAUGAUGUUAAGGCCAAGGCUGCCGCUGAUGAAGGGGACAACUCUCUCAGGUGUGUAAAAAACAUGACAAUGACAAUAACAUUAGUACUUGCAGAAAUCAUGAUUGAUAUGAAGUUGAUAGUUGUAAUUCGUUAAUGUCGUUAUUUAGAAAUUACCAAGCUAAAAUUUUCUUAUCUUUUUAAGUCGUGGUAGGUUACUUAAGACUUUGAAGCGUCCUCGGUACGUUUCGUUAAUUUGUUGUCGGCAUCCUUCGUGAAUUUCUUGUCGUCCUUGUAUUAAGCGUGACAACAACGAACAUCAACGGGAUGCGACGCGGACGAGGUAACUCUAAUGCUAGCGAAAUAUCAGGAACUGCUAGACAGAUUCACAGCUGCGAAGCUGGAACCUACUACGAGUACAGCAAAUCGUAGAUUACGGCUAGUAAUAUGUCACUAUCGUAAUUGUGGGCCGAUUAUACUGAGUAAAAUCCCCCCUGAUCUGAAGGGGAAAAAAUUCAAAGGGGAAACUAAGCGGCAAAUAACUCACUCGACCAGGGAUCAUAGUGACAAACUACCUCUAAGUAGAACAGCAACCGAAGUCCUCAACGAGGCAGCGGCAGAGCGAGCAGCGGGUACAGGAGAGCAACUCAUAGCGCAGCACGACGUCAACAGGCGAACUUUUUUGCAGAUGCAAGAAGAGCUAGUAGCCCUUCGCGCAUUCGUGUUGACGAGCAAACAGGAGGAACAUUAUGGGCAGGCUUUUGGUGUAGGCUUUUAAAUUUGUGUUUCCAUCACUUCGUUCCAUGACCGUUAGUUUAUUUGCCUCUCUUUUUAUAAGAGUGAAAGGAAUCAUUAGGAUAACUUCUGACGCGGUAACUUUCUAGAUGUACUAAAUCAAUGAAGAGAUGAGAAGAAGUGAACGUAGAACAAGCCCCGUGCUGGGUAUAUCAUCAUGAACUGAAUAUAGGUUAAGCAGUAGAAGCAGGAAUAAGUCCUAUUAGAUCCUCUAAGAACAAGCAGGGAUGUACCAAAUGAAGCAAGCAAUAGAAGAGGAGAUCCAAGCCAGGGAAAAAGAUAAGAAGAAGGAACUGGCCGACCUGUGGCGGGAAAAAAACGCUCUUACCGUGGAAGUCCAAAAAAUGGCAGAAAAAAUGCAGGAAAGCCUCUUGUUUUUAUGAAGAAAAAAAUAUACGGUAGCAGCAACAAGAACAUAAAUCUUCUAGGUAUGCGCUUAGUGGUUGGGGAAAGGGCCCGCCAAGGCACGUUGUAUACGUAUAUGUUAUAGCAUCUUCAUGUUGACGUAUGAGUAUGGAGGAAGAAGUAACUAACUAUGCGUGCUAUGAACGAACACUGGUUACUCCACUUCUGGUACGUAGGCGUAGGCUCAUUACUAAGUAGGAUCUUCAUGGUAUAUGUAUAUCAUGCUGAUACUUUCACUUCAAGUGGAACUAAAAGUCUUGCGCUCAACGAGUCCCCUCGGCUGGAGGUCUUUACUUACUCUACUACUUCCUUCUUUUUGCUAGAAGGUCUCUUAUUUUCUAGGCGAACGACCAGACCGCUUCAGGGACUGUUUCAUCUCACUAAUGACUGAGUCACUAAUGACUGAGGAUAGUCAUUUGAGAUGCACAUAUGACAAAAGAUCUUCAAUCUCGUCCCUACUUCUAAUCCCCCUAGCCUCGGCUGCGAAGCAGAAGGAGGAGGGCGUGAAAAAUCAGGUCCUAGACCAGUGCUAUUCUAUGCAGACUAUGCACCAAAAUGAAUUCCGCGUUGUUAUGCGGAAAAUGGAAGAUCUCCGCAAGGAAGAAACCACAGAUAAGCACUCUCUGUUGGCCGAGAUUGAACGUGCUCUGUCUUUAAGGCUACCGCUGAAGCAUCUGGUGCUUAUAAAUAACACCCACCAUGAAAGAAUGAUGAUCCUUGGAUCUUCUUUUUUCUAUUUGCAGCAGAAAUAUAAAUGAUAAAACUACUCUUACACUAUAUAUCAAUCUGUACUCUGGAGAACAACUUGUAAUUACUAGGAACCUGUGCCUCUCUCUAGGAAGAUGUGCCUUUCUCUAGGAAGAUUCGAGCGCGACCGCGGUAGCUCUAAUGUCUAUGGUCAAUAGUCUUUCGACCUAUGCAGCAGAUGUGAAUAAUCGGCUGCAGCAAGCUCGCGGAGACCUUGCGAAGCGAGUAUUAUGGCCCAAAACAAGCAAUUAGGUCUCCCCCUUUCCAGUUCAACCUGCUUCCCAUCUUGUAGAAAAACUACUCAUUUUAACAUAAGAAGAUGACGAGUAUCUAAGAUUCUAAGACACCUACAAGACAUCCAAUCAAGGACUACUUUGGGGCCACUUCUUCAUUGAUCACUCAAGGGUCUAUACACCGGUACUCAGAGGCGUCCUGACAUGAAAUCAGGGGUCAUUUUUCUUUGUGUCGUCCUUCUUCACCUUCUUUGGAUUCCAUUUCUUUCCAGGAUCAUUCUCUUUCUUUUUGUUUCUAAGUAUUCGUAUUCGAAUGAGGUGAUGUGUAGUUGAGUUAAAGGAUAAAAGAGAUGAAAUUCCACUAGGCUGAACAGACUACUGUCAUAAAAAAGGUGACAGACUACUUUGUUCAUCGAUUCAAGAAGACAGGUAUAAGGGGCCUUCUUCUAGCACAAAUGAAACGGGAUGUUUUCAGCUCGUCUUCUAAGAGUAGAGCAAACAGAGGAAAAAUUGCUGACCAGGAACCGAGAGCACGAACAAAUGAUAAAGUCCUGGGUUGGCGAGAAAGUGACGGACGUGGAUACUCGUUUGUCAGAAUUGUUAUGGGUCGUGUGACUGAUUUUAUCUCUUGAAGACGUACUUAUAAUGUGCUAGUACUUAUAAUGUUGUCGCCCGCUGCCCCCCACUGGAAACACCACCGACGCGCCCUUCUCUCGGUCGUAGGCUGCUGCGCCUCUCUGUCUUGCUACCGUUCAGGCCACUUCGGUGGCCAGACGGUUGCGCCAACCUCGAUUCGCUUGACACGGUGCCGGCAGCAGCGUACUGUUACUCACUGGCCUCGCGCAUGCUGCUGGGUUUUGCAUCUCGCUUUUGAUUGUCUCGUGCGGUACGCACACCGAGCGCCGGUUUGAGAGGAGGCACAAAGGAGGGGCCGGCAGGGCCCUGAAAAUUUUUUAUACACUUGCGAAAUAUAUAGCUGUGGGCGUCAUAAUAAUGUGCUAGUACUUCUAAUUCAAAUAAUGUUGUCUGACUGUUAUACUCUUAGCGGAGAGAUGCAACUAAGAAGUGCUACUUCGAUUUCCUCGCCACCCUGUUCCGAAUUGGGUGUAGGAAGUAAAAGUGCGUCAGCAUCGCCUUAUAUAUUUAAGUAGAUAGAGUCACCUGGUGGUAGAGUCUCUACUCAUCACCGCAGAGCCUCCUUGCUCGUCUGCCGUCGAGAAGAAAAGAAGAUCUGAAAGUAGAAGACAUGCAAAUGUGAUGAAUGCGUCUUCUUGUUCUCUUCAUCUUUGCAGUCUCAUUAUAUUUCUUGAUAUUCUAAGGUCUACAUGUCUAUGCAUUCCUCUAAAAUCACUGCAACGUGCGGAAUUAGCGACCAGUGUGGUGUCCAAGCUGGAGACGAGUGUGGAGAAAGGCAAUCUGUCUUGGGUUGAGCGUUUUCGAGCAUUAGAUUAAGGCUGUCGAAUUCCUUGAUAAAAAAUUUUUCAUUAGAACGAAGAUAAGUAUACCUUUUUGUAGAUUACAUAGCUUGCUUUAUUAUUGAAUUAUAUAUCCGAGUGCGCGCUCCCCGGAGGGCAACGCCGGGUAAAAAAGGUUCCACCUGCUUAGUGCGUUUAGCCGAGCGCCUGCCAGCGAUGGCGAGGCACUUCGGGAAGCAGAAAGCUUCCCCGCCCCCCAACACGACCCAGGCGUUUUUAGCAUCCCUCGCGCUCGACCCGCGUCGACACGCCCCGUCCACAGGCGUGAGCCACUGGAGGCUCGCGGUGAUGGCGAAGUCUUGUCCGCGUGUUUGCGCGCGAAUGUACGGCAACCUCCCAGCCUGUGUCUGGGUUGAGUGUCGUGGAGGCGUGCGGGGUCCUUCGACAUGUCCCUACCUGAGUCUUGCUUGCCCGCCGCCGCAGGCACCUCGCCUCGCUGCCUCGUAGCGCGCUUAGGAUUUAAAUAGCUUGUCCAUCCCCCUGCGUCUGUGACCAGUCCUCGUUCUGAGCGCGCUAAUUCGAGCACACCACGGAAAGCAAGUGCAACGGAUUGGAAAGGCACACGGACAAGAAGAUGCAAAUCUUGGAGUUCGAGGUUCGCUCAGCUACUAACACCGCGAUUUAAGGCUUCCCCGAAUCAUGGUCCGUCUGCAGAGAGGGCACCCUGCCUGGUAGAGAGAUUUUCAGAGGGGCAAAGGAAGUAGAGGCCUUUGUUGACUGUGGUCACGCUUUCAAGUAGGGUGUAAAGGUCUCAGGAUGGUCCUGAGGAUGGAUCAUUAGAUUGAGCUCUAAGCAAAGUUAGAUUUGGAGGAGAAGGUAAACAAGAACCUGACAGUUCAGGAGAAAAACAACCGGUCUUUUCGCAAGCUCGUCACGCAAGAGCUGAUCGACAAGACGCGGUCGCUGUUCACACGUGGCAUUAUGGCUACCGCGCCGUUGCAUCCUGAAGAAAAGUAGGUAUGUAGUUGCGUCCAUCCUUGUUUGGACGUUCACCGUUUCUCUAGGAUUAUACAUGCCAGGGACGAUAGGGAAGCAUCCACGACUUUCCAAAAAGGGUGCUCUAGGUGUCAAUUCUGCCAUGUCAAUUCUAAUGGCAUCACUGAGACCGAGAACAAGUUGAUGCUGAAAUUGGAGGAAAACCGAGGUCGGAUUGAGCAAGUGAAUCUGGAUUUAACGGAUUUACUACGACAAAGAAUGCUGGAUCUGCAGGAACGUAUCCACCGACAAGGCGAUGAGCAGAGCCAGGCGUUGGCGCGUGUGUCUGUCAGUCUGUCGGAUAAGAUAGAACUUACGGCGACGGCGCUCUUCAGGUGUUACUCAAUAAUUGUGGUAGCACUAGUAAGAAUUAAUACAGAAAAAUAGUUUAUGUGUAAGUGUAUAACAGAAAAAUAGUCCACAAUAUAAAUAUAUAAAAUGUUCUUUCAAAAAAGAAAAAGUACUUCUAUCGUCCGCUAUCGUCUAACAAACGCAUCCUUACGAUGUGAAUGUUUAGAAGUGUUGUAGUUGGGACUGUGAUGUUUAAUAUCUGAACGCUCUUGCAGUCUCAAUUUUGUGGUAGCACCCGCCACUAGUGAAAAUGAUUAUUUUUUGAUCAAAAUGUACACACGUGAACAAGAAGCGCCUAGCUCCUGUUCUAAGAUAUGCACAGAAAACGACCUGUGGAAUAAAUGUGACGCUUUGAGCAAUAUUACCGCUGACCUCCGAGCUCUGAUCGAGGAUACUGAGCGCAAAGUUCUGGACGAAAGCAAGACUUUCACCUUAGACGUGAAAGACGAGCUCGAAAAUCGGAUCAGUCUGGAGAAACAAGCAGUAUUGCAGGAAAUAGACCGGCUGUUAAGAGCGAGGGACUCAAAUGAAUAUGGGCUAUAUUAAUUUAAGGUUAGAUGAGGGCUUUUUCUGAAAAAAUCAUGAAUGUUGUUGACCGAAGAACCUCCGAACCUAUAAGAAAUUAUGUUGAAUAAGUUAGUAGGAAUAUUUAUGUUUGUUAAUGUUCGUUAAAGUAAGGGAAUAAGCUCAGCAACUACAUCUUCCUCUAAUGUUGCUGGGGGAGGAGCGUAGGGACAGGCUAAAAGCAGAUGCAGAGAGGCUGUUUGGGUUGCAGAAACGCUUAACGGCCUUCGAAGGGCAUGUGGAGCAAACGCUGGAGAAGACUUUGGCGGACGUGGAUGAGAGAGGAGGGAAACUGCAAGAGCUAGUGCAAAAAAUUGACACAAAGCAUGAAGUUAAGGACUGCUUCUGGAGUAGUAGAUCCGCACUAUGUAGUAAUACUUGCUGGGUACUACACGACAGCUACUACCUCCUAGACUGGGCACACUACUACUGCUGCUGCUCUGCUCGUCAAAUGAUAAAAAUGAUUAUCCGACUUUGACAACUACAACAUCUUCAAUCACAAAAAUGAUCAGAAGGAUGUCUGUAUCUUUCUUGUUGAUGAUGUAUUUUUUUAGCUUGUGGAUGCAUUCAUAGAAAGUAAGAUGAGCAUGUAGAGGCAGCUAGCUGCGCUUUGUUUACCAGUAGGACGACGAAAAAGAGCAACAUGCAAAUUCAUGGUGUAAACAAAAAAUCAAUCUGCUCCUUCCUUGUCGCUCUUCUUCCAAUGAUCCUUGUUUUGAUAACUUUGUUCGACAAGAAGAUGAUUCUCAUCCUCGUGACCCUCAUCUUCAUGAUCAUCCUCGUAGUUUAACGCUCCUCUAACGAUAAUUUCCAGAAACAGAAUGAGGACAAAGAGUACCAAUUAGGGGAAGGGAUAAUGGAAUUGCUGAAGAUUCGCGAGCUGGACCAAGAAGAUCUCCGGAAGAGGUUUGAUUAUGGCAUGCUUGUAUUUUUUCUGACGCCUACCCAGGCCCCUUCUACCAAACUCCCACUCCCUGUGUAUUGGUAUUCAUCUUUACGAUUAUAUAAAUAUUCAUCUUCCUAGUGCAGGGUUCUUAGCUCUUUUUAGUCUCAUGAUUAAUCGCCAUCUAGUCCACUCACAUUUUUCUCGAGCGCAUAGGUUGUUCCAUCACGUACAGACGGCCUACUACAAACCCAUACUUUUCUCGAUCGCAUAAGAAUGGUCACUAUACCAAGCUACCUGUCGUAGUCGUGUUGUCUCUUCAUCUACUUCUUCUGACGAGUCAACUUAGCAAGAGAGGAUUGCUAACUUCACUUCUAUGUCACUUGACUUCUGACGAGUAUUCAGUGCAUGGCCUGCUCUUUGUCUAAACAACAUUGCUAACUUCUACAACAUAAUUUUAUUUCAUUGCUUCCCUUAUUUAUAAUAUCAUCUCCUGUGAUUGUGAUAUUGCCUCGGCUCUUAUCUCAAGCUUACAACCAGUUAUUUGAUUACUUCUUGAAAUGAAUGAAUGAAUGAUCGUUCUGAUUCUGAACAACAAGGGUUCGGGAGUAUUUAGUACAACAUUUUUGCUAACUUUUCUUUUCUUUUUUUUUGUUGUAUGAAUGUUCGUUCUUAAUCUUAGUUUCCUUCGGAUACUACUGCAACUUUGUAGUUCCUCGUGUACAAGUAAGAGACUCUAACCUUGUCUAGUGAUGGAACACGUUCGGAAACGGUGCGACGAGUUGGGCUUGCGCUUAUUCGAGGGGGAUGAAAAACUGAAUGAAACUUUUACUACAAGAGCUGACAAGACAGAUCAAACUUAAGACUUCUACCCUUAAUUCAUCAUUACUUCUUGGUCCGUUAAUUUAGUCAGUGCGAAGACCACUCCUGGUGCCAGCCAUUAAUUCAUCUCUCUGUGUGGGAAAGGGAGUGACACCUGUUCCCUGUUCUGUAUAUAACUUAGUUAUGAAGAGUACAUCAUGUUGUUGUACUAGACGUACUUCUAGACUACAUUAACUAGUAGGUACAAGAAGGAACAAUAGGAGACUUAGUUAAGCUUGCUAUAAUAUCCGCCUUCUUAUGUAUCAGCACUUCUACAAGGGAUAUCCGUGUCUACUCCACAACUGCGGAAUCCCCACAGGGAUGCGGGAUUUUUUUGUGGUGAUAAAUAUAUUUCUUUCUUGACGAGGGAUCCCCUACUUCCCCAGAGAUUGGAUAAACUACGAACGGGUACAACUACUGUAGUAGAAGCGCUAAGAAACCGUAGAAGUCAGAAAAGUCGAGACUGCCGCAGAGUUGGGCUCGACUAGGCAAGAACUGCUAGAAAGAAUCGAAUCGUCACAAUCUACGUUGGCAGAAAGUGUCCAGGUGCUAAAGGAUGAGCUAGAAUUAUGGCUAAGUUGAUCCUUGGAGGAUCUCCUAUCCUAUCUCCUAUCCUACCCUUCUCGCUUUCUAUGUAGUUGAAAAAGACGCCUUCUCCAAGAAAGACCAUACUAUUGGUAUUGGUACUCUCAAAGUACCUCUACUCAAUCUCAAAGGAAUGCCUCACAGAGGAGGUAUUCAUGAUUCAAAGAGGUAUUCAUGACUCUACUAAGCCCCAUCCAGGAAAGGGUAUCAUGACUCUACUCAUCAAGGUCAAGGAAGAUUAUGCCAAUGCGGUCAACACUCAUGAUCUAAUAGAAGCGGAAAGAGUGGCAAAGCAGGCACUAGAAAAGAAAGUAACGGCGCUGGAGGCACGUCUAGUGGAAGAUGCAGAUACCAAAAACAAAGAGCUCGAAGACAAAGUGGGAAAAGUUGAAGCGAAAGCCGACGAACGAAUAGCCGCAGUGGAGGCAAAAGCAGAUGAGCGGAUUGCGGAGGUGAAUUAAGGCGGGCAACAUGUUGAUUUCAAAAAGUGAGACGUCUUGCUCUUUCCUUUUUGGAUAUUUGUUUUCUGUGAUUGUGAGUGAGUGAAGCAGUGAAGAUCAAUUACUUAUGAAGUUCGAAAUUUCAUCUAAGUUGAAGCGCAGAGCGCAGAAGCGACAGAAGCCGCACAACGGGAAGCGAAAGAAGCUCUAGAAGCACUCCGUGUGGAAAUGCGAGAGCAGGUAGAGUUAAGGCCUAAGAGAGAAACUCAUAUGACCCGAGGCCUGUUGUAAACGAUGACCUAAAUUAUUCUUUUUCUUUGAGACUCACUCAUCCUCGGAGUCCCGGGCCCUUCCCUCACGCUUACCAAUUAUUCUCAUUGUGAGGGCCUAUGCCUAAGUAAAAGAUUACUGUAGCUUAUUUCUGCUUAGCUACUUCGGGCUCUGUCUACUGGGUAUUACUGUGCACGCUAAUAGAAGCAGUAAGCAAGGGCUUAGAGGCUGAGAAUGCGGCUCGCACCGAACAAAUGCAGAAGUUUGCCGCUGCAGCCACAGCCAUGGCCCUUGACUCGUCGCCGCAGCAGACAACUGAAGCAGAGGCCAGCAAGGAGGCCGCGAGCCUUCCUGUUGCUCCUUAAGGCGAUUCCAUUUUUGAAAUCAAUAAAAACUAAGAAAAGAAGCGCAAAGAAAUAGUAUUAUGCGCUUGCGCUUUAUAUUCAUGAGCAGAGUAGAGAAAGCAGCGCGCCCUUCGGCUGUUGUUCGUGUCGGUUGGGUUUCUUCCCUCUCGUUGAGAGUGCGGGGGGUCGCGCGUCUUCUCGGCCCGCCAUGGCUCCUCUCUGGUCGGUCGUCGCCCCAUCCUUGUUCGCAGGGGCCUUGGGUGUUGGACCGUUAGCCCUUCUGGGUUUCUGUUCGCUUCGAAGUUCGCUUCUCGACUAGUCACCGCGAGGGACUGCGCGACGCUCCUUCGACGCGGCUGCUCGGCUUUCGGUCUUGCUGUUGCUCUGUCGGUGCAAGGCCCGCUCGCGCGCCACUGUGAUGAGGAGUCCAUCUGUCUCUUGUCCUUGUGCCCCGUUUUCUGUCUUGCUUUCGCGACUGAUUCUGGUGCGACUCUCAUGGGUAUACAUCGGCAUCGGCUACUACUUUUUUUAAUUAACAUCAAGCUGUAAAUAAAACUAACACAAAUGCUAUUGCAAAAGCGAGUGUGAUGUUAGAGCUUUCUGCUUUUCCAAGGUUGGAAUUUCAUAGAAGCAUAUAAGUAAGUAAUGUAGUAUUAACAUCAGAGAGUAUCAUGUCCCUAAGAUUCUAAGUUAUCAAAUCACAUUGAUGACAUAUUUGGAAGAUUCAUGAGUCAUGCACGACUCGAACAGACUCUUUUUACUCCAAGGCAACUGGAGCUACAGUGUAUCUACAUGACCUUCACCAUUAGGUUGAGUCACCGCAUUUGAUUCGUCAAUAGACCGUGAUCAAACAAAGUCGCGUAACAAAAAGGUGAAUAGUGUGAUUGGAAAGAGAGAAAAAGUUUCUCUUCUUUUGUAAUCAAUGCUUGAGUGGGUAAAUUUUUUAACUGAAAUAGUGUUUUCGAAAUACUGUGCCCGGGGAGGGGGGUUCUAUGUGAAGCAGGAUCCCUAAAUUAAACUCCUAAGUAAAAGUACGCUCUUGCCCUGGCUCUGCUUCUAACACAUGAACAAUAACGAUGAGAACGGUGGCGCAGCGGAGGAAGAGGCGGAGGCUGCAGAGCAAGGGGACGUGAAUAUUGUAGCUGGAGAGGGUGCAGAGCCGGUUGAAGGCGAGGGGGGGGUGGAUUAUAGUGAGGAAGCAGCAGAAGGUGGAGAAUAAAGAUAACAAUUUAAAUGGAAGGUAUUAACACUCUACACGACGCCAUGGUGCAAGGAAGGCUUGCUCGUCCUGGUAUAGUGCGAUGCUUUUAUGUUGCAAUGAACCAAGGAGAUGAACAGUCGACGUGCAAACGUAGACUUCUCUUUCUAGACAAGAAAAUAUAUGCAAUGCUACUAGCUGUAAAAAAUAUAGCGAAUUAAAUUUAUUAUAGGUUGUUUCGUCUCAUGUGGAACUUUUUUGACUAUCUAAGGUUUACCCGCUUAUUAUAGAUGAAGCGCGACAUGUUGCCUUGUUGGAUUCUGAACUUUUUUUCGACUUCCUAUGAAUGUUAACCACGAGAUUAGUUCUGUUGAAAAAAAAAUCCAUUAAAUUGACGAAGUGAAAUUGAAGCUCGUCAUCCCUUAUCCAAAUCCAUUAUCCAAAUGCAUUAUGCAAAUCCAUUUCCAUGAUUAUCCAAAUCCAUCAUCCUCUUCCGUUUUUCUGUUGUUGGUGUUGCUUCUCUAACUUCUUCCUUUUUUCUGUUGUUGUUGACUCGAAUAUGUACUGCUAGCACUCGGGCAGGAGCGGCAGCUAACCUAGAUUCAAAGCCGCAGUCUGCACUGAACUUUGUGCGAGUUUUGUUGUAUUGCAUUCUAUGGAAAUAGAGCAAUUGAUAGAGGAAGAAGACAUCAACAAGAAGAUCAUCACCGAGAACUAGACUACGAGUAGCGCUAGCCAUUCUGCUAGGUAGUAGCGUCAACGCCGUUGGGAAAACCGGAGGGACCCUGAGCUGCAUCUUCUCUGGAGGUAAAGAUUCUGGGGAAAGUGAGAUGAUCUCUAUUCAGC